UAGUGCACACUGAUAAUGGAUCGGUGUUUAUCUCGGAUAUUUUUUCGAAAUACUUGAGGUCAAUUAAAGCGAUUCAUGAGCGGUCAGCAGUGUUCGCUAGUUGGUCCAAUGGUAAAGUAGAAAGACUACACCGUGACAUCAACGCUUAUAUACGGUGCGCCAAUAGAAGUGUUAAUUUGAC